GCCGCUGGCACGAGUUCGUGCGGCAAGUGGGCGAGGCGCUGCCAGUGGUGCCGUCGAGGAUCGGGGGGCACGCGUGGCAGCCGGGCCGGGCGACGUAUUGCGACAAGUGCGGCAACCCGCGCCCGGAGAGGGCGCACCAUUGCCUCACCUGCGACAUGUGCGUGAUGCGGAUGGACCACCACUGCCCGUGGAUCAGCAACUGCGUCGGCAUAGGGAACCACAAGUUCUUCCUCCUGCUUGGCUUCUACGGCUGGCUGGCAGGAGCGUCGUGGGCAUCGUGACCACGGCGCCCGAGCUGCUCUACUGCGGGGAGGCGCUGUGGCGGCGCGGCCCGGAGGCCCUCGAGCUAGGGAUCUGGAGCACCAACUUCGUCAUGUACGAGGGUUACAUCUCUGCGGGCGAGAACAUCAAGCAGGAGCUGACAACCGUUAGUGAGGCGAGGGACCGCUGCGCCGAGAUGCAGCUCUGCCGCGGCUUCUGCUUCCAGAGCAACUCCACCGAAGGCGCUGACGGCCCCGAGCGCGUCAUGGUGUACUAUAAGACCAAGUGGGACAACGUUCCCAACAACGUCCACAGCUCUGGCUGGAGCUCCUAUCGCUUGGAGCAGGCGAGCCGCCUGGCCGCCUCGAGCGUGCUGGCAUUCCUGGUCGGCUCCUGCCUCGCGGUGUUCAUCUCGGUGCUGCUGUACGUGAUGAUGAGCGGCCACGUGCCCCUCGCCAACCACAAUGUGACCACGAUCGAGUCCAACUACGACGGCUCCGCCAACCCGUACGAGCAGGGCAGCAUCAUUGCCAACCUCGAGCAGGUGCUCGGCAAGGUGGGCUUGGACUGGUUCCUGCCAAUAGACCCGUGUCACCCUCUCACUGAUGGCAUCAGCUUCCUGCGCUCCGACGAGCAGUGGGACGACGGCGCCCCCAUGAUGCCCGGGGGCCCCGGCCCGUGGGGCGGGCCCGAGGGUAUGCUGAUGGACACGGGCCCGUUCGACAUCGGCGACGAGACGGAGAGGCUCUGGAGGGCGCGGUACCGCGUCUACCCCCCAGUGGUCGACCCGAAGCCCAUGGGCGAGCCGCAGAGCUUCUGGGGGUGCCAUUGA